AUGGCUUCGGCGGAGGCUCCGACGGCAAGGCCGAUUCUCUACUCGUACUGGCGCAGCUCCUGCUCCCACCGCGUCCGCAUCGCGCUCAACCUCAAAGGUAUCGAUUAUGAGUACAAGGCGGUGAACCUCCUCAAGGGCGAGCAGUCUGAUCCUGAGUUCAUGAAGCUUAAUCCUAUGAAGUUCGUCCCUGCCUUGGUCGACGGCGACGCAGUAAUCGGCGACUCUUACGCAAUAGCAUUGUAUUUGGAGGACAAGUACCCUCAGCGCCCUCUUUUGCCCCAAGACCUUAAAAAGAAGGCCCUGAAUAUCCAGAUAGCAAGCAUUGUGUGUUCUGGUAUUCAACCUCUUCACAAUCUCACCUUGGUGAGAUUUAUCGAGCAAAAAGUUGGAACAGGGGAGAGCAUCCCGUGGGUCAAACAACAGAUUGAUAGAGGUUUCACAGCUGUUGAGAACAUGAUCAAAGGCUGUGCUGGGAAGUUUGCUAUGGGAGAUGAAGUCCAACUGGCAGAUGUAUUCCUUGCACCCCAGAUUUUUGCUGCGGUGACUCGUUAUCAAAUCGACAUGUCGAACUAUCCCACCCUCGCGAGGCUCUACGAUCAAUAUAUGACACACCCUGCAUUUGAAGCUGCGCUCCCUGACCGGCAGCCGGAUGCCCCUUCCUCUGCCUAG